UCAGCGUCCUGCGGUACCGAACUCAAGAUUUUCUACGACUGAAAGGUUUGUGGUGAGACUGAUGCUCGCAGACAGGAACUGACUUCCUGUUCCUGUAGAGCAGUGAAACCCUUUUUAUCAACCGCUUUCUCGUGCAUGUUUGGUUCGAGCUCAAAAUGUCUCAAGCCGAUAAACUGAAGCAGGGACAGUUUACAAACCCAGAGACUCCUGGGUAUGUGGGAUUUGCGAAUUUGCCAAAUCAGGUACAUCGGAAAUCAGUGAAAAAGGGCUUUGAGUUCACUCUCAUGGUGGUGGGUGAGUCUGGUUUGGGGAAGUCCACGCUGAUCAACAGUUUGUUCCUCACUGAUCUCUACCCAGAGAGGGUCAUUCCUGGUGCUGCAGGUGAGAGUUUCAACACUGAGGAAGUUACAGUUCAGAUAUCUAAAAACAUUCUUAUCAAAAAGUGGCUUGAUGUGUAUGAGGCAGUUUUGCACAGAAGGUUGGAUGGUUAUAUGUGCUCCUGUCAUACAGAGAAGAUUGAGCGCACGGUGCAGAUCGAGGCCUCGACGGUGGAGAUCGAGGAGCGUGGAGUGAAGCUGCGUCUCACUGUGGUCGACACACCUGGAUACGGUGAUGCCAUCAAUAGCCAGGACUGUUUUAACACCAUUAUCUCCUACAUCGAUGACCAGUUUGAACGCUACCUGCAUGAUGAGAGUGGACUCAACCGCAGACACAUUGUGGACAACCGUGUGCACUGCUGCUUCUACUUCAUUUCCCCUCUGGGUCACGGGCUGAAGCCUCUAGAUGUCCAAUUCAUGAAGGCCAUUCACAACAAAGUGAAUGUCGUUCCUGUUAUUGCUAAAGCAGAUACGCUGACACUGAGGGAGAGAGAGAGACUCAAGCGCAGAAUUCUGGAUGAAAUCGAUGAGCAUGGCAUCAAGAUCUAUCACCUCCCUGAUGCCGAGUCUGAUGAGGAUGAAGAUUUCAAAGAGCAGACCCGGAUUCUCAAGGCCAGCAUACCAUUCGCCGUGGUGGGAUCCAACCAGCAGAUUGAGGCUAAGGGGAAGAAAGUGAGAGGGCGUUUGUACCCAUGGGGUGUGGUGGAGGUAGAAAACCCAGAACACAACGACUUCCUCAAACUUCGCACCAUGCUAAUCACCCACAUGCAGGACCUGCAGGAAGUUACUCAGGACCUUCACUACGAGAACUUCCGCUCGGAGCGCCUCAAACGGGGCGGCAGGAAGGCUCCGGAGCCGGAGGAAAUGGACAAGGAUAUAAUCUUGCAGGAGAAGGAGGCUGAGCUGAGGCGAAUGCAGGAGAUGAUUGCUAAGAUGCAGGCACAGAUGCAGAAACAGGGUGAUGGAGAUGGAGACAUGUGAAAAACUCGAUGUUGACCUGUCAUUCGAACUUGGCCCAGUCAGACACGAAACGAGAAGAGGAAGUGUUGCUAAAUGUGGAAAAAGAGGAGAGACUGGUCCUUAGCUCAUCUUGCUUGCCAUUUUCUUAGUUUCUUUCACUCUUGUAUGAUUUAAUAUUUUUUGUCAAGGAAUUUUUUUUUUUUUUUUUUUUAAGCAGUAUUAUUAUUAUUGUUUUUUGGCAUUUUAUUCAAAUGCUGUUGCUAAUAUUCAUUAACUUUCUCCCUGUUACAAAAGCCAAAUGCUGCUGGGAAGGAAUCUUCUACCGUAGAGCAUCUUUAAUAGUAGUGUAGCUCCAUGACCACUCAAAGUCAUUUCUAUCCCAUCUAUUCAAACAGACACUGUGAAUAUACAAGCAGCUGUUGAAUUUGAGUGUCACGGUGGCAGUUUUUGGAGAAACCAUUUUAUACUGUUCCUAAGUGUUGCCAGAGAGAUUGCUGUGCUCCUGAACAGGAGUUUUCUGAAGUACUUCUCUCUUCCCUGCAUGAAGUCUUGAAAUAUGUGCUGUUCGGUUGAAUGGUCCCCAAACGGAUGCAAAACAUUAUACUGUGACCCAUGAUUCAUUCCCUAUGCCAUCUAAUGAAGAAGAAUACGUUGUUCUCUAAUGUUAAAGCUCAUUUUGCUGAUUUGUAUCUGUACUUGAGUGCAUACUGUCAUGUAUUUACUAUCAGACCUUGUUCUGGUAUGAGUGCAAUGUGAAAUUUACUUAGUGGAGUGAAAUUCGGAUACAUUGAAAUAUGCUGUUGUGCCCUUCGACCUUGACGCAUGCCAAGUUUUUACCACCUCCUUUGGUCAAAAUAUUUUCUUAUUCCUGUGGUUGAAUCAAAUUUCCACAUAAUAAAUGAAUAAUUAAAAUGUUUAAAUAAAAUUGAUCUGAAAUGUGGAUUUCUAUCUGUUACGCAAAAGCAGAUAUAACUUUUCUACAGUUGAAUUUGCUUUCCAUAUUUGGUCAUGAAAACUGCAGUUAACAUUCCAGUUUUAAUGUUUCACUUGAGAACUUUCUAUUAAAACCAUUAUGGUCUAUCAUCUUGUAAUAAAAUUUUGUAUUGAAACAG